UCCUCCCCUUGUCACAAAUAUCCUUUAUUUUAAUAUUUCACUAUUUUAAAAAAUAUCACGCGAAUUCAACAAGAAAAAAAUAAAUAAAUAAAUAAAUAAAAAUAAAAAUUUUUGGAAAUAAAUAAAUAAUACAAUCAACAAAAAAAAAACCAAGCGACCAAUUUCAACCAUGUCUUGUAGUGUAAUUCGUGGAGAUAAUGUUUUAGGAGGAGAUGCCCUCAUGUCUUUUACAGCGGGCUCUUGUGAUUCUGUACUUAAAUGUUCAAGACGAUCCAUUGGCAAUGCUUCUUUACCUAACCUCCUUCAAUUUAUCAGAGAUGUUACAACAAGAUCGAGAGUCUCUAAAAUGACAAUGGUGGUCGGAUUGAUUUACGUCGAUCGUUUAAAGAAAAAUUUACCCUCAUCAGCUCGAGGAGAUUUCGAUACUCCAUAUAAAAUCUUUUUAUCCGCCAUUUUAGUUGCAAGCAAAUAUUUAAGUGAUCAUUCUCUUCAAAAUAGAACCAUUGCUGAUAUUACAAAUGGUCUUUAUACAAACAAAGAUGUAAAUACUAUGGAACGUUCUUUCCUUGGAUUAUUGAAAUAUGACCUUUGGGUUGGAUCUGAUGAAUUCGAUUCCUUCUUGGAAGAACAUAGAAUUGAAUUAGAUAUUGAUGUCAAUUGGACUGGUGACGAAAAAGCCUAAGACGCCUGGUUUGUCAUACAUCAUUGAUCGUCGUGUCACAAUCAAUCAUAUUCGUUUUUUUUUUAUUUAUUUAUUUCGCGAUUUCUUUCGUGACUUUAUAUUUUUUUUAAUAACAAACAAGACGAACAUUAUCUUAUUUAUAUUUCAUUUUCAUUUUCUUACGUUUUUUUUUUUAAUCAAUUAUUCGCCUUCAAUUUUUAAUUUUCAACAUUUAACAUUAUUUUUCUUCCAUUUUGAAUAAUACGACUGUAAAUUGUUUAUAUAAUUAAGAAUAUUCAAAACCUUAUCAAACAAAACUUUAUCAAAACUUUCACAAUAAUUUUUUUUCCCC